GGAAUUACCAUGUACAAGCCCACAUGUGCGACAGCAUGUCGCGACAGUGUCUCUAAUCCUCUGGUCUGCAACGACACGUUGUCCGCUCCUGUGACCAAACGUAUGGAAGGCAUGAAGAAGCCUAGUGCAGAAUGCUACGCGAGCAAUGAUCCUUUCUUGGAAUCAGUGGCGUAUUGCAUUUCGUCGCGCUGCCACGACGUGUCGGAUUGGCGACUCGAGCAAUGGUGGGCGAAGAGGAUAGUUGGAAGGCAAUCGCAUCAGCCUCCUCCAAAGCAAACAUACCAACAGACUCUGGCAAAUAUCAUAUCUCCGCCGAAUUCGACAGUGCCAAGCGACCAAAUGCUCAUGCAUACGACUCUGGUCAGUGAUGAAACAUAUCAGAGCAAUUACAAUGCAGAUGGCAUAUUCGAGGUUAAUGAAGCAACGCAUGUGCGCUACGGGCUCGUCCUCUUGCUGGGUGGAGCCGGUAUCCCAAUCGCCCUGUCACUACUGCGAUUCGUGCCUUUUCCACGACAUUGGGUCAGCCAGUUCAAUGCAAUAUUCAUUGAUCCGCCAGCGUUUGGCACUAGACAUCGUGUCCCGUGGCUGAAUACGUUCGUGGCGCCUACUCGAGGACAAGGUCUUUUCAUUACAUACCUUUGGGUGAUCAACAUCGUCCUCUGUUCGGUCGGCUACGAGAAUCGAUGGCCCAACGCAUGGUACACCAGCCCAAGCCAGCAGACAGCGACGUAUGUCUCGUAUCGGACUGGCAUCUUGAGCUUUGCCAAUCUCGCCCUGUUGGUCUUGUAUGCUGGUCGCAAUAAUGUCCUCUUGUGGGUUACCAAUUGGUCGCAUAGCACAUUUCUGCUGCUUCAUCGGUGGAUAGCUUUCAUCUGCUGCCUUCAAGCUUGCAUACACUCCGCAAUGCUGCUUCAGAUAUAUCGUAACUCUCCAGGCUACGACUACUCGUCGGAAAGUCAGCUGCCGUAUUGGGUCUGGGGCAUCGUGGCAACGAUCGGUCUUGUCGUCCUUUUGCCAACAUCGCUUCUCCCAAUACGUCAGAAGUUGUACGAGCUCUUCUUGGCGUGGCAUGUGCUGCUGUCUUUCGUUGUCAUCCUAGGCUGCUAUUGGCAUGUCGUCGAGGCUUUCGGACACCAGUGGGGAUAUGAGACAUGGGUGUAUAUUGCAUUCGCGUGCUGGGCAUUCGAUCGACUCCUUCGGAUUCUCAGAAUUGCGCGGAAUGGUGUCCGGCAUGCACAUGUCACUGUCUUGAGUGAUGAGUACAUCCGCCUCGAUAUUCCAGGAGCCACUGGUACAGGUCAUGCUUAUCUAUACUUUCCUACAUUGAGUUGGAAGGUUUGGGAGAACCAUCCAUUCUCUGUCGCCGGCAUCCUACUCCCAACGGAGGGAACGACCGCCUUAUCCGACCACUCCUGCUCGUUGGCUGCGGACGUAGAGAAACCGGCUCUGCAUGCCGUCGAACCUGUCAUCUCGUCCCCGUCCCCAUCCCAACAUGGUUACUCUAUGAUGCACCGCUCAUCUUACCGGACAGGGCUGACGUUCUUCAUUCGCACCCGGAGAGGUGUCACCUCAAAGCUCAGUUUCCGCAAAGAAGUUCCCGUCUUGAUCGAGUCCUCUUAUGGAAAGACAAUCAUUCCCGAUGAAGAUCUGCAUCCUUGUGCGAACCUGGUCUGUAUCGCUGGUGGAGUCGGAAUCACAGGGAUACUUCCAUACCUGUUUUCACAUGUGGGUUCAAGUAAGCUUUACUGGGGAAACAGAACGGACGCACUCGUCGCUUCCAUAGAAAGCAUCUUGCAAACCCUAGCCCCUCGGACGGAGACCACAAUUGUGCAAGGAAAAAGACUCGAGCUACGCACAGUUCUCGAACAAGAAGUCGCGGUCGAUGGCGGUACUUUGAUCGUCGUCAGUGGUCCUGCGAGCAUGGCAGAUGACGUACGCUCCAUUGUCUGCGAUUUGGUGAAGCAGCACAAGACGGCCGUGAUACAUUUCAAGGAGGAAUCCUACAGUUGGUAG